AUGGCCAGCAUUGACAUGCAACAGCGCCCUGCAUUACACAACCCAGCAUCCCCCAAAGACACAAGUUGGGAUAAAGCAGCUAUUCAAAACUACAUGGAUGUUGCCGCGUUACGGAUACUUGAAAAGGAAUUGGAUGAACUAAAGAAAGCACGCGAGGCACGUCGGGUAUCCACGAUGACAUCCAGCUCAGCAAUGCAACAGCCUGUUGUGGUACCAAAGCCGACCAGGAACCGGAGGAGGUCUUUUGCUGGUGCAACCACAUCCAACAUCACCACUACUCAUCCUGAAACAUCCUUUUCUGAUUGUUCCACUGAAUCUGAUGAUAUUAGUACAAUAUCCCCAAUUCAAGAAGAAUCAUCUGGUUCUUCAACUUGCACCGAUCCAAUUGAUUGUGAACCACAAAAAGAACAUGGCGACAAUGGAGUCGAUAUCAGGUCCACCACUGAUUCAAUUGCAUCCGAUCGUAUCCAGGUGACACAGGAACAGCUUACUAAGAGCGAUAUCAUCAAUCAAGAGGAUCCUUGUACGCCAUGUAACAGCAGCAUUCAAGUCGAUUCGCAACAACAAAAGAUCGAUCCAGAACACAAUGAGAAUCAAAGAACUCGCGAGGAUGCGAUGAUUGAGAGCCGUUUACCAGAAAUUGAUGAUUGUGACACAAACGAAGAUUCAGCAAAGCUCGGCAGCACCGACAAGUCUAUUAUGAAAGAUUCGCCCAUUAAGAGAAAAGACGUUCGUCCUCGCAAACAAGAAGGUCCAAAGCCUCUUCGUAUUGAUACUAAGUUUACCAAGAUGGAGAAUAUGAGACAAACCGACAAUGAAAACCCUCUUUAUUCAGAGAUACGCCGCGGCUUACGAUCCACGCCAUCUCCACCAAAUCCAUCCGCAAGUAAAAGUGCCACUCUCAGUAAUACGCAGAACACGUUACCUGAAUCCAAGCCGAGCAAACGGGUGUCACUUUCGCAUAUACAGACAUCUUGGUCAACCAAUACAUCCGCAAAUAGUAUUUCGGGUACAACAAAAUCAAAGCCGAGAGCCUUGAGUGAGGCAUUUAUUGGUGUCAAAGGCUUGACGAGGAAAUUCGACACAGCUACUGGAUUGAGCUCACCCAACAAAACACGCACUUUUACAACAGCACCUUUAUCAGAGGCAUCAUUAAGUGUAUCUCGAGAACGAAAGACAUCAUUGACCAAAGGCAGCAGCGCUCUUUCUCAAUUGUUUUCGCCACCUACGCCAAAAGAACAACAACAACAACAGCAACCUUCUUCUCCAAAUCCUCGGUUCAGGGACACUGCUGCUCAGCGUGAACCAAAGCCAUUACCACAAAUCACUCGAGCUAAGGUCCCUAUUCAACAACAACAGCAGCAGCGUAUUACCGUUUCCAACAAUGAGAAUAAUACGCCUUCAUCACACCAAUGGAAAUGUUCAACAAGGAGAGCUGAGCAUAAUCGAAUUGCACGCAAAGCUAUGCCACCUAUUCCAAAGGAUGCGUCAUCAUCAUCAUCUUGUCCAAGUACAACAUUGCCGUAUCCCAACCCGCUUCCUGUUUACGAGCCACAAUUGACGCGGAAAGCCUCUCCUCUUUCUCGAGAUGAUGAUGAAGAAGAAGAUACCAGCAGCCUUGAAACAGCUGAAAGUAAAGCUAGGAAACGGGUCUCAUUUUCCUCCAUCGUUGUUGAUAUCCCACCACCUUCGCCCUAUACGGAUGAUGACGAUGACAGCCCAAUAUCACCCAAGCACACCUCUCCGAGAUUAAAUGCGGGAGCCUCUUCUUCAGCACAUAUAUUAUCAAGAUGGCAGCAACAGCAUCAAAGAGAUCGAUUGAGAAAUGCUAUUCGUAACGGUGCUCAUAAGAAGAGUAAUAAUACCAGUGCUCAUGGUGAGUCGAGAAGUGGCCAUAGUGGCACACGUGGGUUUUGGGAAUCAUUCAACAAGGAAAUGAUCGAUCGUUCAUCUUUGGGAGAAACAUCAUUGACAUCGCCAACAGAUCAUACGACGACGACGACGACUCGACGCAUUGUACCUGAACCUACACGAUCCCUUGAUGACCGCUUUGUUCCAUCAUCCACGUACAAGAGUCCAGUCGCCCCUUUGCCAUCCACAUCCGAAUCUUUAUCUUCAUCAUCAUCAGCAUCAUCGUCGUCGUCGUCCUCGGCUAAUAAUACCAUUCGGAGAUACAACAACAAGACUUGGAUCAAUGCGCUUCAAAAUUCGGUCUCCAGUCGUUUAUCCUUUAGGGCCAACAUAACCACCCAGUUGAGUAGUAGUAGUAGUAGUAGUAGUAGUAGUAGUAACAAGCCUUCUCCUCCUGCUCCAUGGUUUGAAAAGAGGCAGGGUUUACAUACGUCUUCUUCAAAUCAUCACGCUUUUGACGAGCGUGCAGCUACCAGUUCUCCUCCUUUAAAUCAUCCCACAAAAACACGACCCAUGAAGCCAUCAAGUCUUCGCAAAAGGUCAAAUGUAAGACCACCGGCAUUGGCACGUCCUCCAGCAGCAGCACAGCCUCAAUGGUGGAGCAGAGUGGAUCAUCCUUAA